AUGUCUAUGAUCGUGGAUUGGUAUGACGAGGUACAAUUACAAUUAGAAUGUGUAGUUGAUGAUCCUGAAGCCCAGUUUAUCGAGCGACAGGAGUUUGAGUCUCGUUAUUAUAGAGAAAUGGCUAGGGCUCAAGUGUUAGACAGUGGAAGUACAUCGAGUCUUAUGACUGAAAAACUGUGUCAACAGUUGAACUUACAGACUAGUCAGUUAGAGGAAGUAAGUGCAAAGUCACCUAAUUAUUCGCCUGAAGAACACAUGUGUGAGGAACACUUUAUCGAGAACACAUCUCGUCUUGAAGACGGUAGGUUUUGCGAAUCGUUUCCUGAAUAUAAUUUACUUUUAAAUAAGCAGAGUUUGCCUAAGAAAAGUCAACUCAUUAAAUUUAAUAUUUAUAUAGAUGAAAAUAAUAUCAUGCGAGUUGGAGGUCGCAUUGAUAACUCUGACUUCCCUAUUGAUAAAAAGCACCCUAUACUUAUAUCGGAUCCUACUGACCUCUCUCCGUUGACUCCAGGCCAUUUUCUUAUUGGACGUCCUCUUACAUCCUUACCACAAGAUGAUUACCGAAUUAAGUCCUUUGAUCACUUGACUAGAUUUCAACGAAUUGAGCAAUUACGCCAGCAUUUUUGGGCUCGUUGGAGCAAAGAGUAUAUAGCUGAACUUCAGCAAAGGACAAAGUGGCGUACUAAUCAGGAUAAUCUGAAGCUGGACACUUUAGUAGUGGUGAAGGAUGAUAACCUCCCGCCGCUAAAAUGGAGAUUAGGACGAGUCGUGGCAAUUCACCCUGGACUUGAUGGCUUCGCGCGCGUCGCCGAUAUAAGACCAGCAGCUGGUGUGAUCCGCAGGGCAUUUAGCAAAAUAUGCCCAUUGCCAGUAUUUUCUACGACGGGUUGA